UUGGUUCUAGUUGCUGUGUCUCUGAGGAACCAGAAAGUCAUCAUUCCCCAGGUUCCUGACGUUGAUGCUGUGUUUGUAGCAGAGACUGUCUCAGUGCCAGAGCUUAGCCAGUUCACACUGUGCUUUGAAGCAACCAAGGGCAGCAGUGAUGACAAUGAUGACUGGAAGGUUUUCUCCUACACCAAUGCAUUGUCAACAGAACUCUUCAGCUUCGGGAAGACCACAAGAGGCCAUUUUCUGUCCAUCUCAGGCACACAGUGCAUCCUUGAGAAUGCAUUGCCCCGAAAUGCAGAGUUUUUCACAGAAAACUUUCAACAGCUCUGUGUCGUAGGGGAUAGCUUCUCGGGCAGUAUAGGCAUAUAUGCCAAAAGCACCUAUCAUAUAGUAUACUGUCCGGGUAUCUUUGGCAAAGUUAUCCCUGGAAAUGGGAGGCUGUGGCUGGGCUCUAACAGCAAUGAAGUGAGCUCUCUAAAUGGGGACAUUUACAACUUCCGCCUCUGGAAUUUCACCAUGAAUGCACAAACACUGGCCAACCUCAGCUGCGAUGUGAAAGGAAACAUUGUAGACUGGGAAAAUGAAUUCUGGAGUAUUCCAACUUCAGCACUGAAAGCAGAAAACAAUUUGAGUUGUGGCUCAUACCUAAUUCCCUCUUCUGCAAUUGAACCAACGAGUUGUGCAAACCUGGGAAACCUUUGCCAAGCUACUGUAAAUGCUACUACUCCUACACCAUCCAUUGUCACCACUAACAUGCCUGAUACUAAUAGAAACGAUAAGACAAACAAUGGUGGGCUAUUCUACAGGAUAUCUAUAACAGUCAUUAGUUCCAACUCCAACUCAGUGUCGAAAGUACAUGAUGUGGUUGCAGAAUGGCUAAAUCGUACUUUCCAGAACUGGAAUUACACUGUGUAUGUGGUCAAUAUCAGCAUCCACCCUGGCUCCGUAAAAGGUGGAGUAAGAGAAAAAAGAAGUAUUAACAGUUUUGAGGUUUUGGCUCUUCUGGUUUAUAAUUCUACCAAUAACAUCAAUUUAGAAGAGGAAGAUAUCCGACAGAAACUCAUAAAUAAUAAUGGGACCAUGGAAGGAGGAUAUAAGCUUCAAACUGUGGCUGUUGAUCCAGUGGAAAAAUGUUUAGCUGAAGAAAACCCUCCAAACUAUUUUUGGCCAGAUACCAGACCAACCGUGACUAACUUCACAUUAUGCCAUGGGAGCUCAGUUCAGACUGCAUCGAGAACCUGCUAUUUGGGUUUGCAGAAUUAUACAUCAUACUGGGGCCAGCCUGAUCUUAGAAAUUGCACAGAAAAUGCAGCUGAUAUAGCCAAUCAGCUUUUGAAUCUCACUGGUGAAGGGCAGCAGCUAACCUCAGACAAAGUAAAUGAUGUUGUGCAGAAGCUCAAAAAAAUUGUGAAUGAUGAAGAAAUUGAUGAGUCUCUGGGUUCUACUGUGGUGACAAUUUUUUCCAAUAUUCUAACCAGUUCAGACAGUGUAUUGGCAGCAUCAUCUUCAGAAGCUCUAAAAACUAUUGAUGCCUUGGCUUUAAAGAUCCAGUUCACUGGACCAUCCAUGAGUAUUUCAACACGAAACCUUGCACUUGGAGUAUCUUCUAUAAACUCAACUUCAUUCCAAGGUGGCUCUUUCAGUGUCAGUCCACAGAAUAAUGCAUCUGAUUUCCAGAUAGAUUUUGACAAGGAUCAGACAAAUGCCUUUGCUUCUGUUGUUCUGCCACCAAGUCUACUGAAGAAUUUAAGUCAAGAUGAUUUUGAAGUUAUAUCGAGGGCUCAAUUUACUUUCUUCAAUAAAAAUGGGCUUUUCCAGGAUGCAGAAAAUCCUGCCAAUUUGACCAGUUUUGUGGUGGCAUGCAGUAUCGGAAACAUAACCAUUCAAGAUCUUCAGGAUUAUGUGAAGGUUACAAUUAAGCAUACCAAAAUCCAGGAAGACCCAAAGCCUACCUGUGUCUUCUGGGAUAUGAACAAAAAUGGUGGCAAUGGUGGCUGGAACCCUGUGGGCUGCCACGUGGAUCCAGAGUCCAAUGAAAAUGAGACAGUUUGCUUAUGCAACCACCUCACACACUUCGGGGUCCUAAUGGACCUUCAGAGAACUGUUACACAAAUAGACCCACAGAAUACCAAGGUCCUCACCUUUAUCACUUACAUAGGCUGUGGGAUAUCUGCUAUAUUUUCAGCUGCAACUCUUCUGACAUAUAUUGCAUUUGAGAAGUUGCGAAGAGAUUAUCCAUCUAAAAUUCUGAUGAAUUUGAGCACUUCCCUGCUCUUCCUUAACUUGAUCUUCUUGCUCGAUGGUUGGAUUGCAUCGUUUGACAUAGAUGGCCUCUGCAUAGCUGUAGCUGCACUUUUGCACUUUUUUCUUCUGGCCACCUUCACAUGGAUGGGAUUAGAAGCUGUUCAUAUGUACAUUGCCCUAGUGAAAGUGUUCAACACGUAUAUACGGCGAUACAUACUGAAGUUUUGCAUCAUUGGCUGGGGUUUGCCAGCUCUGGUGAUAGCAAUUGUUUUAGCAAGUGCCAAUACAAAUGCAAGUCAUAUUUAUGGCAAAGAAUUAUAUGGCAAAGAUGCUAAUGGACAAGGAGGAGACGACUUCUGCUGGAUCAAGAAUGAAGUUGUCUUUUAUGUCACUUGUGCUGGCUACUUUGGAAUCAUGUUUCUGAUGAACGUUGCCAUGUUUAUUGUGGUGAUGGUGCAGAUCUGUGGGAGGAAUGGGAAAAGAACUAAUCGGAGCCUGAAGGAAGAGAUCCUGAGGAACCUCCGCAGCGUGGUCAGCUUGACCUUCCUCCUGGGCAUGACAUGGGGCUUUGCCUUUUUUGCCUGGGGUCCCUUAACUCUUCCUUUCCUGUACCUCUUCUCAAUUUUCAAUUCACUGCAAGGUUUAUUUAUAUUUGUAUUCCAUUGCGCUAUGAAAGAAAAUGUGCAGAAACAAUGGAGGAGACACCUUUGUUGUGGCAGAUUCCGACUAGCAGACAAUUCAGACUGGAGCAAAACUGCAACCAAUAUUAUAAAGAAGAGUUCUGAUAAUCUUGGGAAAUCCUUAUCCUCUAGUUCCAUCGGCUCAAACUCAACCUACUUAACAUCAAAAUCAAAAUCUACGACAAAUACAUAUUGCAAACGGAACAGCCAUACAGAGAAUGUUUUUCUUGACAAGCCAUCUUCAAAAUUUGCCCAAGAGGAUGGAGAACAGACAUCAAUCAUCCCUGUCCACCAGGUUAUUGACAAGGUCAAGGGAUAUUGCAAUCCUCACUCCGACAACUUCUAUAAAAAUAUCAUCAUGUCCGACACAUUUAGUCACAGCACAAAGUUCUAAUGGAGCUUCUGGAGUUUUUAAACCAAAGAAAG